GUACUUACUCGACAAGCCGCCAUCUUUCUUUGUAGAGAGUUAGUUGGACAAAAUAACAACCUGAUUUAGAUGAUUAUUUCUCCGAAAUACAAUCAUUGAAGCUGUUCUUUUUGGUCAGUUAUUGUAAAUAAUAAGUUUACAGAAGACCAGGUGGAACAGAAGUCCAGAUAUUGCCCACAGAUCAGACAUAAGACUCAGUAGUUUGGUGCAAGCGCUAUAUUGGUUGAGGUGGUCAACAUGGGCCGAUCUCGGAGCCGCAGCUCAUCCCGGUCAAAACACUCCAAAAGCAGCAAGCACAGCAAGAAACGGAGCCGGUCUCGGUCGCGGUCCAGAGACAGGGAGAGGUCAAAGAAGCGGUCCAAGUCCCGAGAAUCGAAAAGGAGCCGUCGCAGAGAAUCUCGUUCUCGUUCCCGGUCCACCACAGCCUCUUCCCGCAGAGACAGAGCAGCUUCGCCGCCGGAGCGCAUCGACAUCUUCGGCAGGACGCUGAGCAAGAGAAAUGCUCUGGACGAGAAGCAGAGGAAGGAGGAAGAAGAAAGACGGGUAGAAAUGGAAAGGCAAAGGAAGAUCCGGCAGCAGGAGAUCGAGGAGAAGCUGAUCGAAGAGGAGACCGCGCGGCGAGUGGAGGAGCUGGUGGCUAAGCGGGUGGAGGAGGAGCUGGAGAAGCGGAAGGACGAGAUCGAGCGGGAGGUGUUGCGGCGCGUUGAGGAGGCAAAGCGCAUCAUGGAGCGGCAGUUGCUGGAGGAGCUGGAGAGACAGCGACAGGCAGAGUUGGCGGCGCAGAAGGCCAGAGAGGAGGAAGAAAAAUCUAAGCGGGAGGAGCUGGAAAAAAUCCUGGAGGAGAAUAACCGCAAGAUCGCCGAUGCUCAGGCCAAGCUGGCUGAGGAGCAGUUGCGAAUUGUAGAGGAGCAGAGAAAGAUUCAUGAGGAACGCAUGAAGCUGGAGCAGGACCGUCAAAGGCAGCAGAAGGAGGAGCAGAAAAUCAUCCUCGGCAAGGGCAAGUCCAGGCCCAAGCUCUCCUUCUCCCUCAAGGCCACCGAAUGAGACUGCUUACCCCUUCGUCCACACAUCACACCCUGCCUUCAUCCCCACCCAGCUCUCCCUCCUCAUCAUUCGACGACCCCCCCCCCCCCGUGGAACGCUCACUUCGUUUUGGAAGUGCUGAAGGAAGGCCAAGGAAUGGGGUGCAACCUGAUGUGUAAACUUGCUGGUCUCUGUUAAAGGCCUAUGUUGUCCUUCCCGGCCUUGAAGAGGAGGCAGCUAUUCAACCUUGAAGGACCUGAUUACUUCCCUCCAUCCUUCUUCAUCCCUACCACACAGAUGACUUGUUUGUGCUUUUUUUUUUUUUUUUUUUCAUUUUUUAGAGAACUUGAACUUUUGAUGUAGAAUGCUAUAACAUGUCCCUCACCCUGUAAGUCUUAACUCUGGUGUAACAGCGAGUAACUGUACGCCUGUGCUCUUCUUACAUGUCUUCACAGCCAGCAAACAACAAUAGAAUGCCAGUCCCUGAUAUAGAAGAGUAUGUGUGACUUUGUCUAGUUCAGUCUACUGUAAAAGCUUGUGUGCAGCUUGGGAGUUGGCCUGUGGUUUUCCUGUUUUUUCUUUUUUUUUUUUUUUUUUUUAUAAAAUAAGGUUCCUAAAAUGGCUGCCAAGCCUGCCAAGCCUUUAAAAGCACAGUUCACUUCCCGUCCAGCUGACAGGUUUGUGUCUUCCACCUAUCUUACUUCCUUUGCCCAUAAGCUGCAUUCACCAUAUAAAUCCACAGCAUCUCUCCUUCUUGCUCCAGCUCUGUCUGCCAUCUCCAUCAUUUUUUUUUUCCUAAAUGACAGCAGCAUGUUGACCUGAGAGGAAAUGUAAAGCUUGCUUUAGAUUUGAAGUCACUGCAGUGCAGGGGAGCUCAGCUUCGACUCCUAAGCUGCCCAUGACUGAACCACAAACCUACAGUAGAAUAUGUGUCUCUUCUACAGCAAUGGGGCCUGUGGGUAAUGGAGGAGAGUGGACAUUUUCAUGUAUGAUGUAAUUUUAUUAGCCUUGCUGUGAUGUGCUGAGUCCCACUCCUCCUCCUACCUAAGUUAAGAUUGUGUUAUAAAUUGGAUCCACAAUUAGAAAACAAAAAGUGACAGUAAUGGUAAAUACUUGAGUUUUGUUUUAUCAGACUCUUAAGUGAAAACAGUGAAUGGUAUGAAAACACCCAACCACACAGUUGGUGUUCUGUCCCUGAGAUUUGUUGUAGUAAAUUAACUUGGCAAGGCACCUCACUUGGUAAGUCUUGAUUCGUGUAGGAUGGACAAGUUCAGGUAAGAUAAGGUUUGAGGUCAGCAGCAGUGUGAGUGUGCAUGAGUGAAUGAGCGAGUGUGUGUGCAUGUGUGCCUGCAUGCGAAAGUAUGUGGUUGUGACUGACGAGCUGACCUCAGGUGGGUAUAAUGACUUUUUAUGUUGUGGGAUUUUGAAUUUGUCGUGUAAUUUUCCCCAAUUGUCAAGGGACUGGACAGUUCAAUAAAUCCAUUGAAUGCCUCCACCGA